AGUAUAGAGCCGCUCUCUUUAAUUUGCACACUCCACAUUGGCCACAAGCAGCCCACAAAGGCUUCCACACUGAUCCGAGUCAUAACCAAAUAGUUUUGAGUGCGGAACCAGAAUCGGCGCUGCUCGUCCAUCCGAGCCGGGAGAUAAACUUCGGACAGCACCAGAAGCUGGACCCGUCCGUCCCACGACUCAUCUCUCCUUUCCAAAGCAACCUGACCACCCCGCUGUUAGGUGCACCUGAGCGGGGGGGGAGGGGGAUAUACGUGUACGCUGGCCUCCCUCGUCCACGCCGGAGCGACUCGCAGUGCUAUGACCGGGAAAGUGGCGGAGAAGCUCCCUCUUACCAUGAGCAGUCUAAUAAACAACAUCCCCGACAGUCUGUACCCAGAAGAGGACGUCCCCACGUCUAUGAACAUUUUCACCAGCACGGAAUCUAUUAACCACUACGCGCAGAUGAACACGGAUAACAUCAUGGAUAUAGGCAUGGGGAGUGAGAAAGCAAGUGCGGAGAUUCAGUAUGGAUCCAGCUUCCAGUCCAACCGGAGUGGGCAGACCGUCACCUAUUUGGGCAAGUUUGCCUUUGACACGCCGUCAUCAGGUGGGAUCGGCGGCUCUGGCUGGUGCUCUGACAACAACAUCAUCAGCCUCGUCAGCGCGGGAAUCCUUGGUGUCUCGCCGUCACCUGGCACGGUCAGCGCUCAGACGCCAUCCUCAGCAGCCAGCAUGGGUGGACAGAACUCUGACAUGGAGCAGGUUUACGGCCCGCCGCUGCCCGCCUACUCCACCUGCAGUGACCUAUACCAGGAUCAGGUGUCCUUCCACCACAGUCCUGCCACCAGUACAGCUCUUGCUUAUCCUGGCAAUGACUAUCACUCCACGUCCAAAGCCUCAAUGGAUGGCAGCCUUUUUUCCAUGAUCCCUGACUACAACCUUUUCCAUCAUCAAGGGGAAGUCAGUGUGAUGGAGCACAAGCCCUUUCAGACUAUGGACCCCAUUCGAGUCAACCCUCCGCCCAUCACUCCCCUUGAAACAAUCAGAGCAUUCAAAGACAAGCAGCAGAUUCACCCAGGUUUCAUCGGCGGGCAGCAGCACCCUCCUCCUCACCACCCACCGCCACAGACACUGACGCUCAAACCCAUCAGACCACGGAAGUAUCCCAAUCGCCCCAGCAAAACCCCCGUCCAUGAACGUCCGCAUGCUUGCCCGGCAGAGAACUGUGACAGGCGGUUCUCACGCUCGGACGAGCUAACGCGGCACCUCCGUAUCCACACAGGCCACAAACCCUUCCAGUGCAGAAUCUGCAUGCGCUCUUUCAGCCGCAGCGACCACCUGACCACACACAUCCGCACGCACACCGGCGAAAAGCCGUUCUCCUGUGAGUUCUGCGGGCGCAAGUUCGCCCGAAGCGACGAGCGAAAGAGACAUGCUAAAGUUCACCUCAAACAGAAGGACAAGAAGGCGUCCGACAAAGGGAGCGGAGUGAUCGGGAGCCACAGCUCGCCUAACAACUCCUGCGGAGGGCCCAUCUUGGGGACCUCAUGACCAUAACUACCUGCACUUAGAGUGGAGCCUGCCCCUUAAACAGACUCAGGACAAUGGGGCCGCAUCCAUCGUAAGACAACAAAACAUAGAUGACUUGUCCGCUUCUCUCUUUGGUUGCACUCCUUCCGUUUUGAGAUGGCUGCUUUUCAUUUCAGUAACAGGGAAGAGGCUGCAGUGCCCAUCAGAGAGAAUCUUAGUACAUUCCGUCCAAAAAGGCCACUGUAUAUCUUUACUGGGUUCGCUGUGGUUCCACGUUGGUCAAUUUCUUAACUGAGAGGAAGCCAGAAUCUAUCACAGGGAUCAAAACAGACAAACUAAACAAAGGAGCAAAGUCAAAGGGUGAGUUGUCUGGGAUGUAUGCAGUGAUUUUACUAGGCUGUUUAAAAGUGCAAUUGGUUGUGUUUGUGUAUGGUCACGGACACCUUAUAGUGGCACUUGUCUUUUCUGUUGUUUUUUUCUUUUGUUGAAGUGUGGUGUUUUUGUUUUUUGUUUUUUUGUAUUUGAAUGUUGUUUUCUCCAAUGAAUGUGCCAAAUGUAUUUUGUGGUAACUCAGCCAACCUUGUUCUUAUUAUUGUGCCUGAUAUUUGCCAAACACACCAGUGAUAUCAGCUUCCACUUGGGGUUAUUAAAAGAAAGGUCACAUUCCAAACUUAUCUCUCAUUUAGAUUUAUGUGCAGUUUGACUAAAUGUAAAUAACAACUGAAUGGGUCACGAGUGGUCCUGUUUCAUGCCUCCAGCAGCCAAGGCCAUGCACAAUGGCUUUAUAUGAUGUUAAAAGAAAUAAUUGACUUUUUUUAAUCCCAUCAACACUGUUCAUCAUCAUUUGAAAGCAAUAUUUGAUGAGAUCAAAACAUAAACGGAGAGACAACAAACAACAAAUAUGUGGCACUAGGUUACAAACCAGCAGUAUACUGUGUGCUUACCAGUAUCUGCAUGCACUGUUAACAUGUAUUUGCUAUGUUGAGAUUUUAAGAAUGAGCAGCUAACUGGUAUGAUUUAAAAAUAUCCAAAUAAUCUGACAACAAAAAGGGUUUCUUGCUUUUGUACCAUAUACAAAUAUGUCUGCAGGUCGCUAGAGUACAAGUUUUGCGCUCAACUGCACUAUACAUCAGUAUUUUUGCACACAAGUGCAUAUAUACAGUAUGUGCAUGCCAGUAUGCACAAUGUGUAAAAUGCAAAAAUCUGCAUAAAUUAAAGGAGACGCUUUGACUGAAUGCUUGUGCAGAAUAUGUUUUCCAGCUUUUGGUUGACAGCCAUGUCGGGUAUUGAAAAAAAAUGUGGAAGCAUUAAAAAUAAGGUGUUUUACACACAACAAUUGCACCAUCCACACACAUUAAAAUUCAUUUAAAGAAGCACAUCUUUUUGUGAACUCCACUUCCAUUCUGCAGAAGCUAAAUGAUUGCAUAGUCUCUUGAACUAUAUAGUGGGAAGCCAACAUUUUCAUAUCAUGUGGUUUUAUAUUGACCAUUGUGCUGAAAGGACGUGAAACACACAUCAUGUCUUCUUUUCAAAGCAACCAAAUCUGCAAAAUAUACUGCAGGAUAUUCUUCCCCCCAUUGUUUAUUCUACCUUUUCAAACCAAACAGAACUAAUCAACAUACCCGGCAUCAAGAAGUAAAGAAUGACUGAAGAACGAAAAGACAGAGUGACUGAAAGCCAUGAAACAUCAAGCUAAUGAUACUCAUCUUUCUACACAAUUGAUGUGAGGCUAUUUUAUUAGCGCUAAUGUGCAUUUUGGGACUAAUAACCAUCCUUAUGUGGCAAGGCUGUUGCUCAUUUAAAAUGAUUAGAAUCCUUACUUCUAUAACUUCUAUAACAAGCUUGGCUGGUUCGUCUUUUUGGUCCUCAAAGAAUGGUGGUGCUUGUUAGAUGACAGUGUAUCUUGUAUUUGAGUAAGACUAUUAGAAUAGAUAAAAUGCUGUAGAGGGCAGGACCAAAGGGAAUUAUGGACAGGUGCAAUGGCUAGAAAAAGUGUUUGAAAAUAUAACAGAGAAGACGUUGUGGAUUUAGCAUCACAGGCCGUGUUCUCUGGCUCUCUUCUGGAACAACCAAUUUUCACUGCUGAGUUUGCUGGCAAGUGUCCACUUACUUUCCAAUUAUUUUGGCCUCAGAGGGUCUUUUCUCAGCUCAUCUACAUGGAUAAAUGAACAGGCACCCUUGCAUUUUGGGCAGAGAAUUCAACAUAAAAUAUAUAUACAAAGGCAUGCUUCUUAUUUUGAACCAAGAUUUGACUUUUAGAAUGGUCCGAUUUUCUUAAUGUACCCUCACAACACGAUGUAGCAGCUAUUCCCAUGCAGUAAAGCACAAAGCAAUAUUGUUUAUGACGUGAUUAGAUAUAGCAACUAUUUAUGUUAAAUGUAAUAUAAUGUAUAAACAAUAAUAAAUAAUGUGACAUUAUCCAGUGAUUAUAGAUUCAUGGUUUUGAAUAUAUUUGAUCAAAAAGAGAAGCUAUUCUUGAUUUGACACUUGCUUAGUGAGAAUGGAUGUGUUUAAUUAUAUGUUGAAUGUGGCCUCCUCGCAGGGAAGGCGGUGUUUAUGUUGCAUUGUUUCGAGGAAUGCAGCACACUCUGGUUUUCCAUGACUAAAUGAAGCCAUGUAUAAUUACAACCUCACAAAUUUGAUGUCACUGGUCACAUACUCUUGAAUGUGUUUGUCACUUUGUUUCAUGACAUUUUUUUAAAUUCUGUAAUGAGCAGAUGGAUUUAGGCUCUUCUAAUUCUCACCCCCUCACUAUAUAGUACGGUGGUAAAAACAAUACAAGCAUCAGGAAAUAAUCCUCCUGUGUGAAUCCUAUAGAUGUAUUAAACAAUCUUUUCUCCGAGAACAAUAUUAUUUACAUGUUUUUACAAUUCACAAAAGGAGAGGGUGAGUGCUCUGACAGAAAGUGGAAUAUGCCUCAUCUUCCUUGGCUCCACUUUGGACACCAUCCAACAUCAGCAGCCAUCUUUGUGCCAAACUGGGUUGCAGGGUUGGCUGAUCAAAAACAAUAUGCCAUGAAGACUCACACAGGAACAACAAAUAAAAAAGUGACCUCAGUCUGCUUGCAAGUGGAAGGCAGCCUUAUGCUAAUGUUUGUGUUUUUAAUUGUUUGAUUUGGUUUUUGUAAACAUGGCCACGGGGCAAUAGGCUUGUGUGUAAGAUACAUUCUGGACUUCCAGCGUGGCUUCAGGGAUCAUGUGUCCAUUUACGGUAACACUACGGUAUUCACGCAAGCAGUCCCCCCCCCACACCUCCCAUGUUGUGUUGUGUUUCCUUUUCAUUGCAGUAUAUCCUCAUGUUUGCAUGUGCACGGAAAUGUUCCAAAGCGCCGGGUGUCAAUGCUGCGGGCGGUGCUCAUUUCUUUAUUAUGCAUGAAAAUACAACGGGUGGGAAAAUGGGAUGAUAACCAUUCAUGUUCAAGACGCACACUGGGGUAACUGUUCUGUUGUUUUUGAUUUUUUGUUUGUUUUUCCCAGAAAACAUGUUGUAGAUGUCUUUUUGGCCUAUUUCCGUGUUUCUACUACCUUAUAAUAAGGUCCUUUUAUGAUGAGCUGAAUAUUGAAAUGAAUUUUACUCUCUUUGUGAUGGGGACAUGUGCUCCCCUGUUUACUUGGCACUUCAGUUUGUUGUCAUGCAAAUGUUCUGUCAUUUCUAUGUAAGUACUUGAAUAAAGAAAGAUACCACAUA